GUUCCUCCGUCUGCCAUUUUGAUCAGAAGAACCUUGCGCGCUAUAGAUGGUGUCAGCUGGCUGCUCGGGAGAUAUCGCAGUACUUUUAAUCAACGCUACACUCUUAUAGGCAAAAUGCUGUCGGCAGCCCAGUUACUCGACGAGUUAAUGGGCCGAGAUAGAAACUUGGCCCCCGACGAGAAGCGAUCCAACGUGCGGUGGGACGACGAGAGCAAGGUCUGCCGAUACUAUCUGUGUGGUUUCUGCCCAGCUGAGCUAUUCACAAACACCAGGUCUGAUCUGGGCCCUUGUGAGAAAAUCCACGAUGAAAAUCUUAGAAUAACGUAUGAGAAAAGCUCCCGGUUCAUGAAGGAGGGCUAUGAGCGGGACUUCCUGCGGUAUUUGCAGUCGCUCCUGGCAGAGGUGGAACGGCGGAUUCGCAGAGGGCAUGCCCGGCUUGCGCUUUCCCAGGCUCAGCAGAAUGCAGGGGGUCCUGGUCCAUCAGGAAAGAAUGAGGAGAAGGUCCAGGUUCUAACAGAGAAGAUUGAAGACCUAGUUGUGCAGAUUGAGGAGCUGGGGUCGGAGGGCAGAGUGGAGGAGGCCCAGGGAAUGAUGAAGCUGGUGGAGCAGCUGAAGGAGGAGAGGGAGCUGCUCAGCUCCACCCCCUCGACCAUCGAGAGCUUUGCAGCCCAGGAGAAGCAGAUGGAGGUGUGUGAGGUGUGUGGGGCCUUCCUCAUUGUGGGCGACGCACAGUCCAGAGUGGACGACCACUUGAUGGGCAAGCAACACAUGGGCUACGCCAAGAUCAAAUCCACUGUGGAGGAGCUCAAGGAGAAACUACGUCGUCGCUCAGAGGAGCCCCAAGGCGAAAGCCCAGCCCUUAAGAGGGACAGAGAAGACCGUGAGCGCGAGAGGGAGGAACGGGAGAAGAAGCGCAAAGAGGAGGAAGAGAAGGAGAAAGAGCGGGAGAAGGAGCGUGAAAAGGAGAGGGACGAGCGAGAGAGAGAGCGGGAGCGUGAGAGGGAGAGAGACAGAGACAGAGACAGAGAACGGGACAGAGAUAGAGACAGGGACAGGGACCGGAGAUCACGGCGAAGUCACUCCAACAGCCGCCACUCGAGUCGCGCAUCCGACAGGAAAAGGAGCAGAUCCCGAGAUCGCCGGAGGUCCAGGAGCAGAGACAAGGACAGGGAGAGGGAACGCAAACGCAGCAGGAGCCGAGACAGGGACAGGGAUAGGAGGCGCAGCCGCGAGCGCUCUGACAGAAAGCGUCGCUCCCGCAGUCGCGACAGGAGGAGGUCGCGCAGCUCCGAGCGCAAAUCUCAUCGCCAUCGCAGUCGCAGCAAGGACAAGGACAGGGACAGGGACAGAGAGGAGAAGAGAGACAAGGACGGAGAGCGGUCAUCCAAAGACAAAGACCGUAAGGGGACGGAGGAAAGGAGCAGUUCUAAGAAAGACAAGCAUUCUGACGGCGACGCGGCGGCCAUCAAGGCUUCGUCCGAAGCGGAACCGAUGGAGACUGAGGCGGCUGCCUCUGCCUCCCCGCUGCUUAACGGCCAGCAAGAGCUCCUCCAUUCUGAAGGUGACACUCAGUCCAAUUAAAACUGAUCUGAUAGGACCUCAGAUCAGGCUCAGGGGAAGCCGGGAUAUCUGGUGGAGGAAGAAGUGGAAGAGCGCACCCAUCCUUUCCCUGAACCUGACACUUCGCUGCUUAAAAACAAGGUGAACCACAGAUGUGUAGUGGCUUAUUUAAAAAAAACAUGAAUAUAAAUGUGUAAAUUUGAAGGGAGGAAGAAAAAAAAAAUACAUUUGAUUUUCAUGUUCCAUCACCUGUCUUAUCUUUUGGCUGGACGGGGGGUAGUUGUGGUUCAUCUGAUGUAUUUCUUGGUCUAGAUGUCAGCCAGGCAUCACUUUGAAUACCAAACUUAGAGAAGUUCAUUCUGGGUUUUUGUGUUCUUAUUUUGAGAAUCUUUACACAUCCUCCUUGUUUCUUUGCAUUUAGUGAAAAUUAAAUAAAUGAAAACAGUGCUUGUGGUUUGUUUUGGUUUGUCAGGUUCCACUUCACUCCUUGACCUUUUUACAAACAAGUCAGUUGAAAGCGUAUGUACAAUGUUAGUCCCCUGACAGGGCGUGUCUCUUUUCUCCUCCACGUAGAGCUCACAUUGAUUGCUCUUGUCCCCUUACUGUAAAAUAUACUGAUUUAAUUUUGAUCAAACGAUUUCCAAGACUGAAGAUUUGUUUAAUUUUGCUCUGCUUUUAAUGUCCUUGUUGUCUCGAUGAAUAAAAAGUAAAAACUU